AUACGUCACUGCCACCAGUACAUUCGUCUUUCUCUUAAUAGUGACCGGAAAAAGUCAGGUGGAUAGUAAGUUUGAGACGCACAAAAAAUAAAUCGCACACAAAAAAUCAAGUGCCACGUAGAAGACUUCGGCCGUUAUGCUCCGUCAAGCCGCACUUCGUCUAUGCCCAACGUGGCUUGAAAGCAAACUCACGUCCAUAUACUUUAGGGUACAAAGCAUGUCUCUCAAUAGAAGUGGACCUCACGUGGAGAACGCAACGAUGGAUCGUGGAAACAUGAAAAUUCAUAUAUUACCAGUGCUUCAAGAUAAUUACAUGUAUCUGAUUGUGGAUGAAGCAACACAAGAGGCUGCCAUUGUGGAUCCUGUUGAUACAAAACUUGUAACUGAUACUGUGAAACAAACUAACGUAAAACUGACAAAAGUCUUAACUACUCAUCAUCAUUGGGAUCAUGCUGGUGGAAAUGCAAAAUUACUGAAAAUAUUUGCUGAUCUUAUGGUAUAUGGUGGAGAUGACAGAAUACAAGCUAUUAAUCAGAAAGUUACUCAUAACGAUACAUUCAAUAUUGGUAAUUUAUCUGUAAAGUGUCUGUCAACACCAUGUCAUACACGUGGCCAUAUCUGUUAUUAUGUUACGGGAGGACACACUCCAGCUGUGUUCACAGGGGACACUCUCUUUAUUGGAGGUUGUGGACGAUUUUUCGAGGGUACUGCUGAUGAAAUGUACAAGGCACUUAUUGAAGUUCUAGGCUCUUUACCAGAGGAAACAGAAGUGUAUUGCGGACACGAGUAUACAGCGCUUAAUCUGAGAUUUGGUUUGCAAGUGGAACCUAACAAUAUGGCGAUUAAAGAAAAAAGCGAUUGGGCAAUUAAGCAAAGCUCUAAUUGUCUUCCAACUGUGCCAAGUACAAUUAAAGAUGAGAAAUUGACGAAUCCGUUUAUGAGAGUACAUGAACCGUCUGUUAUGAAAUAUACGAAACAAAAUGAUCAUAUUCAAACAAUGAAGCAGCUAAGAUGUGAAAAGGACACUUUUAGACUUUAA